AUGCCGGCGAGGAAAAAUGCCGCAGCUGCUGCCAACAAAGCUAGCGCUAAAGCAGCCGAAACUAUCCCAGUAGCUCCGCAAUCCACUGCGCCAGCUCCCAAACCUCCUGUAGCUGCUGCUCGGCCACCGCCCCUCACGUCCUGGGCGUCCCGUUUAUCCCGCCCCACCCUAGCCGCGCUCAUACUCCUCAUCAUCACCUUCUCCCACCUCGUCGGUCUUUACACCUUCACGCGCGGCUUCCUCCUCACCCGCUUAUCGAUCCCCGCCGUCUCGCCCAAAUAUGACGACGAUGGUCCGCCCGUCUCCCUCACCCACUCCAAAGCCGUCAUCCUGAUCAUCGACGCGUUACGGACGGACUUUAUCUCCCCGACCCACCCCUCUCCACCCAACCCGAAUCAUCAUGGCGUCCUCACCCUCCCUGCGGAGCUGUCUGCUCUCCACCCAGAACACUCCCUCAUCUUCAACACCUUCGCCGACCCCCCUACAGCAACCAUGCAGCGGAUCAAGGGCAUCACGACCGGGUCCCUGCCUACCUUUGUGGACGUCGGAGCUAGCUUUGCGAGUACGGCGAUAGAGGAGGACUCGCUCAUCUCGCAAAUGCGCGCAGAAAACAUGUCGGUGGUGUUUAUGGGGGACGAUACAUGGGUCAAUCUCUUCCCGGACUCCUUCACCCAUUCUCAUCCAUACGACUCGUUCAAUGUCGAAGACCUCCAUACGGUCGACAACGGCGUCGUUGAACACCUCUUUCCUUAUCUCCAUCCAUCCAAUGCGUCGAGCUGGGACGUCAUUAUUGGCCACUUCCUCGGUGUAGACCAUGUUGGGCACAGGGUGGGACCGGGGGCGCCGACGAUGAAGGAAAAACUGCAGCAGAUGGACGAUGUCCUCCGGCGGGUCGUGGAUCUGCUGGAUGAGGACACCCUGCUGGUGGUAUUGGGUGAUCACGGGAUGGACGAGCAGGGGAACCAUGGCGGAGAUGGGGAGCUCGAGGUGGCUGCGGGAUUAUGGAUGUACUCCAAGGGCGCCCGCCUGACCGCGUCGGAGCAGCCCGGUCUCGCGGAAUCCCUUCCUCGAUACACCUUCCCCGGGACCUCCACACCCAUGCGUCACAUCAACCAGAUCGACCUCGUACCCACCCUCGCCCUUCUCCUCGGUAUUCCUAUCCCCUUCAACAACCUCGGGUCCAUCAUCCCCGACUGCUUCUUUGACCGCAACAUGCCCCGCCUCGAGAGCGCUAUGCGAGUCAACGCCGAGCAAAUCAGCCGGUAUAUCGCCGAGUACGGGGACGAGAAGAUCGCACAUGGUCUCGUCGGUCCCGAGGCGAUCAGACAGGACGCUGUGAGCGGCAUCCGUACUCUGUGCGAGAUACAGGCGAAUGGGGGCACGAUGUGCCGGGGCGAGGCGGAGCUGGAUGACGUCCUGGCGGAAUCAUACCGCGCCAACCAGGCCUACGCGGCUUCGGCUCUCAAACUUCUUCGAGGUCUAUGGGCGCGAUUCUCCGUUACGCUCAUCACCCUCGGUCUGGCCAUCCUCGGGCUCAACAUCCCCAUGCUCAUCCUCCUCUAUCACGGUAUCCGGAAUCUGGGGCCCAGAUGGAAUGAGGUCGCCGUCUUCUUUAUCGACUCGGCGGUUCGCGUCUUUGUCCCCUCUGCUGCCCUGGCAGCGGGCUGCGCGUUCAUUUACAACGGACCUACGUGGAAUCCCCGCUUCAUCCUCCACUCGGCCGCGAUAGGCGGUGUACUCGCUGCGGAAGCGGGCUUCGCUUAUGCCUUUGUCACAUCCAACAAACUCCCCGCCUUAUCCUCGCUCACACUCAAGCGCGUGGUCGGACCGGUUCUCCUCAUCCUCCACGCGGUAUCGUUCGCAUCCAACAGCUUCAUCAUGUGGGAAGACCACAUGGUCGUCUACCUCCUCAACACCAUCACCGCCGUCUACCUCUUAAAGUCCCUCACGCACCCCACGGCGGAUAUGCGGCUGAAGGUCAUUGCGUUGUCCCUCGGCUUCGGCGUCGCCACUCGUCUCCUCGGAAGCAUCACCGUCUGCCGGGAGGAACAACAGCCCUACUGCCGAGUAACGUUCUACUCUGGUUCAACCCCCGUCGCCGCCUCUUGGAUCCUCAUGGUCAUCAUCCCCCUCGCUCUCCAGCUUCCCCGGGCGAUCGGCAUGAUCCUCGCACAGUCCAAGUCCCUCGGCGGACCGGCCGACUCAUUCCUCGGUAAACUCUGGCGGGGCGUCCUCACUCUCAACGCGCUCCAGUGGAUCUUGGAAUAUACGGACGGUACCACAUUCCUCACUGGUGAAGGCGGGCGGAUCGUCAAGAUCAUACGGACCUGGGCGGCUCGGUCUUCCCUCAUCGCAACCAUGGCCGUACUGCCUUACAAGUGGCUGACGUCGGCUCUCUGCAUUACCGUAGAGCGCGGGACGGAGCAAGACGGUUCCGAAAAACCGGUCACUGUAUUCGGCUUCGCCAAUGCUUUUGGCUCGACCUACCUCCUCUUCCUCCUCAUCCCCUUUGGGCUUGUCCACCUCGUCAGCCCGCCCAUGGGCCAGGUCGCACUAUCCAUCCUCCUCCUCUCCGUCAUCGCACACACGGAGAACAUCGACACGCAGCGCGACUCUAUCCUCAUGACGUCCCAAUUCUCCCAGUCGGGCGCGCCGGGCGCAUUCGAGCCGGGAUCAGGCAACUCCCUCGUUCGUCCCUCAUUCACAGACGUCGUCCCUCUCGCCCUCCUGGGCUUCGUCGGCUUCUUCUCCACAGGCCACCAAGCCGUCCUCACCACCAUCCAAUGGAAAGCGGCCUUUGUGGGCUUCAACACCCUCACGUACCCCUUCGCCCCUCUCCUCGUGAUCCUCAACACAUGGGGUCCACUCAUCCUCACGGCCCUCGCCGUUCCUUUGCUGGCGGUAUGGAACGUCUCGCCCCGGCCUCAAGGGACCGUCCCCAUCCUCGCCCACUCUAUGCAAUUGGCCAUAGCGUUCCUCAUCUACCAUACGACCCUGACGUUCGCGUCGGCGCUGUUUGCGGCGUGGUUGAGGCGGCAUCUCAUGGUAUGGAAGGUAUUUGCCCCGAGGUUUAUGAUGGGCGCGGCGACGCUGGUAUUGGUAGAUCUGGCGGUGAUGGUGGCGAUUACGGUGGGAGUGCGGGUGACGAGUUGGAAAGUGUGGCGGACGUUCAAGUGUGAAAGCGUGUAG